AUGUUUGUUUAUUUAAGCAAAAAGAUUGCCAUCCCUAAUAACACUAAACUAAGAAGUGUUUCAUGGAAUAAAGAACAAGGUUAUAUAGCUUGUGGAGGGGAAGAUGGCCUAUUGAAAGUUUUGAGACUGGAAACACAGACAGGUAAAGAUGUAAAAGUAAAAGGUUUGGCAGCACCAAGUAAUUUGUCCAUGAAUCAGUCUCUAGAAGGGCAUGCAGGUGCAGUACAGUGUGUAACCUGGAAUGAACUGUAUCAUAAACUGACCACUAGUGACCAGUAUGGACUAAUUAUUGUCUGGAUGCUAUAUAAAGGAAACUGGUAUGAAGAGAUGAUCAACAACAGAAAUAAAUCAGUGGUGAGAGGAAUGAAAUGGAAUGCUGAUGGUCAGAAGAUAUGUAUAGUUUAUGAGGACGGGGCUGUAAUUGUUGGGUCUGUGGAUGGAAACAGAAUUUGGGGCAAGGAAUUGAAGGGUCUGCAGCUAGCCCAUGUUGAAUGGUCACCAGAUGGUAAAAUGAUAAUAUUUGGAAUGGUAAAUGGUGAAAUACAUAUCUUUGAUAACAUUGGAAAUUUCAUUACUAAACUACAAGUAUAUUGUCUAAGUAAUAUAACAGGAGCUAUUCAUAUAUCUGGAAUAGAUUGGUACAAAGGUAGUAAUGGCUAUGUGGAACCAAACUGUCCGUGUUUAGCUAUAUGUUUUGAUAAUGGACGCUGUCAGAUUAUGAGAACUGAAAGUGAUGAAAAUUCCAUCCUACUUGAUACUGGAAUGCAUGUGUCUCAGAUUGCCUGGAACCAUACUGGAUCUGUCCUGGCUAUAGCAGGCUCACAGAGUGCUGUAGGUCAAGAGAAGGAGGUCAAUGUGGUGCAGUUUUAUACACCUUUAGGGGAGCAUCAACGAACUUUAAAAGUGCCAGGAAAGCAAAUGACAGCGUGUUCGUGGGAAGGAGGCAGUUUGCGUAUCGCUCUAGCUGUGGAUUCGUACAUCUAUUUCGCUAAUAUUCGCCCAGACUAUAAAUGGGGGUACUGCUCUAAUACUGUAGUCUACUCCUUUACUAAACCUGACAGACCUGAAGUGUGUGUUGUAUUUUGGAACACCAAAAACAAUGAGAAAUAUAUUAAAUAUGUCAAAGGACUGAUUGGAAUAACUGCUUUUGGAGAUUAUUGUUGCCUAGCAACCAAAUCAGAAGACACUACAGGACAGGUAAGAAUCUUUAAAGUUGUGAUACUCUCUUAUGUGCUAUCACUCUGCAAUUCAAUAGGGACUCCGUUAGACUCCAAAUACAUAGAAAUUGAGCCAGUUUAUUUGACGAUGACAGCCAAUCAUGUCAUAGCUGCCUCAAAAGAAGCUUUUUAUACGUGGCAAUUCAAAAAUCCUAAAAAGUUGGCAACUUUGGAAAUGACAUCAAAGAGGAAAGCUGGAGCCGAAAAGCUCUUCCAUAUUGAUGAUUUGCCGUCAGGUGCUGGAGAUCCUACAGACGUAGACUUUCAGAAAGCUUUCCAGCCAGCUAAUGAUCCAAUCUGCUGUAUUUGUGCCUCUGACAAGAUGCUUAUUGUGGGUAGAGAAUCUGGUAUUAUGAACAGGUAUUCUAUGCCAAUGUUAGCUUUAACCAACAAAUAUACUUUAAUAUGUAGACCUCAUCAACUGGCCCUUAAUUGUACCUCUACUCGGCUGUCAAUCAUAGACAUAACUGGUGUUCUCACAUUCUUUGACCUUGAUGCUCGAGUCGUAGACCAAGAUGGCCGUGAAGUAGUAGGUGAACAUAUCAAAUUUGAACGUAAAGAUGUCUGGGAUAUGAAAUGGGCAGAUGACAACAAUGAACUGUUUGCCAUGAUGGAAAAAACCAGGAUGUAUAUAUUUAGAAAACUUGAACCAGAGGAACCAAUAUUAAGCAGUGGCUAUAUAUGUCAGUUUAAUGAUUUACAAAUUAAAUCAGCCCUACUGGAUGAGAUCAUGAAGGACCCUGAAAAUCCUAAGAAAGACGAUUUAACAGAACUAGAAAUAAAGUCUUUAAGAGAUGCAGCUAAUUUGUUAGAGAAAGUUGGUAUUGCUGAUGCUCAAGCUUUCAUUGAAGAGAAUCCCCAUCCUAGAUUGUGGAAACUAUUGGCCAAGGCAGCUCUUGAAGCAUUAGAACUUGGAAUAGCAGAGACAGCGUUUGUUAAAUGUAAAGACUAUCCAUCCAUAGAAUUUGUUAAAAGACUGGGAAAUCUGCAGAAUGAAAACAUCAAGAAGGCUGAAGUAGCUGCAUAUUUUGGAAGGUAUGAUGAAGCUGAGAGAAUGUACAUUGAAAUGGAUAGAAGGGAUUUGGCAGUAAGUUUGAGGAAGAAGCUGGGAGAUUGGUUCCGAGUUGUCCAGAUCCUGAAAACAGGAGGUGGUGGAGGAGACGAUGUACAAUUGGAAGAGGCCUGGAACGCCAUUGGUGAUCAGUUCGCUGAUAAACAGAUAUGGAGUCAAGCAGUCACUUACUACCUGCAAGGUCGGAAUCAAGAAAGACUGGCAGAAUGUUACUACAUGCUGGAAGAUUAUCAAGGCUUAGAAAAAAUGGUGGACAGUUUGCCUGAAAAUCAUAGAUUAUUACCUGACAUUGCUAAGAUGUUUCUCAGUGUAGGGAUGUGUGAACAAGCUGUCAAUGCUUUUAAAAAGUGUAACCAAAUAAAAGGAGCUAUAGAUUGCUGUGUACAGUUAAACCAAUGGAACACAGCGAUAGAUCUGGCUAAAACACACAAUGUAAGAGAGAUAGACAUGCUCUUGGCUAAGUAUGCCCAGCACCUACUGGAAAAGAACAAGACCAUCAAUGCUAUAGAGCUAUACAGGAAGGCUGGACAUUUUAUGGAAGCUGCCAAGCUCAUUUAUAAGAUUGCAGAAGAGCAAGGAAAAAAGAAAGGGAAACCACUCCAGAUGAAGAAGCUCUAUAUUCUGGCUGGUUUGAUGAUUGAACAGUAUCACGAAUCCAUGAAACUUACGUCAAGAAAAGCAAACAAGGGAAAAAAGGCAGAGGCAGCUAAUGCUUUAGCUGGGUUCCUAGAAGAAGAUGUCACCAUAACUGAUACCAAAAUCAUUGACAAUUCCUGGAGAGGAGCAGAAGCUUACCAUUUCUAUAUCAUGGCUCAAAGACAGCUGCAUGCUGGUUAUGUAGAUGCUGCCAUGAGAACUUGUCUCCAUAUCAGAGAUUUUGAGGACAUCAUAGAUCCUGUGGAUAUCUAUUCUUUACUUGCACUGGCGGCCACGGCUAAUAAAGGUUUUGGAACUUGUUCUAAGGCUUUUAUUAAACUGGAAUCUCUGGACACUAUGUCUCCUGAACAGAAACAACAAUACGAAGAACUGGCUUUAGAUAUCUUCACUCACCACAGUCCAAAGGAUACCAGAAACAACAAAGUGGAGUGUCCAAAUUGUGCCUCACCAAUGCCAGACUGGGCCACGUUGUGUACGAGUUGUGACUCAAAAUUUCCAACCUGCAUCGUCACAGGACGGCCAAUUAUUGCCAACGAAUUCUGGAUGUGUAGUCAUUGUAAACACAGAGCUUUCGAAAACGAGAUACGGAAUUUACACUCAUGUCCACUUUGUCAUGGAAAAUUCUAAAUAAAUAUGAAAAUGCAUACUUCUAUAUUUCAUAGAUUGCUGUUUAAUAAAGAACUUUUCAGUUUCAUCAUUUUAUCAUAAAAAAUGAAAAUGAAAAUUCAUAUUUGAACAAUAUUUUCUGUAUCACAAAUUGUCUGUUUUUAUUUUUCUGUGUCAUAAAUCACUUUUCUGUUGGGCAAGUUAAUUCCAUACAGAACUUUUCUGUUACAUAAAUAAAUUUUCAGUGUCAUAUCACUUUCCUUUUACAUAGAUUGCUUUUCUAUAUCAUAGAUUACCUUUUCUGUUUCAUAAAUUAUAAAUUGAAUUUAUUGGAAUACUUGAUGUCCAUCCAAUAUUUGCCGUGCUAUUUUCUGACCAUUCCUGAUUUAUAUUGUCAAUAAAUAUUAGUUUAUUGUUAUUUAUUAAUAAAUUAAAGCUUUAUUAU